CGCAAGUGUGAAGACGAAUACAAAACCAAUGAUGAGUUUACGAGACCUUAAAUGAUUGGCAGGACAGCCAAUGAAGAAAAGUCAAGUUGUUCAAGUGGAAUAGAAUGUAAUUCAGAAACAGAAUUUGAGAAAGUAAGUGAACAUCAAGAACUCAAGUUGGUAAAAACUAUUCAUCAGGGACUCCAAUCUUUGGUUCAAGUAACUAUGAAAAAUUCUGACAGAAAGUUAUAUCAGGUUGUCAAAUGGGUUCCAAUACCACAGAAUAAUGCAGAUUUGGAAGCUUUAAACAGAACAAGCUACGUCAGACGAUAUCCUUCUAUACCGUCUAGAGAAAUUUAUAUUUUUCAAAGGGUUCAGCAUAAGAAUGUUGUGAAGUUUAUCAAACUGAUUCAAAAUCCCCAUUUCAAUGCUUAUGGGAUAGUUUUAGAAUACUUAAGCAUGGGUUCACUAAAUAACAUACCCGAUGAAAAAGUGCUAACAGACAGACAAAUUAGUGAAUACUUUCAAGACAUACUGGAUGGACUGCAGUACUUACAUUCAGAAAAGAUCAUACACAGAGAUGUGAAUCCUAGUAAUAUACUGAUCACUAAUGAUGAUCAUCUCAAAAUAACAGACUUCAGCAUGAGUGUAGAAUUCACGGGAGAAGAUAUCUACCUCAGUGGAACUUUAGGUACACCAGAAUAUCUUGCCCCAGAGUGUGUGAACGGUUCAAGUGAAGCUUACAAAGGAAAGCCAGUCGAUGUAUGGGCAAUGGGAAUGACUUUAUACUGGAUAAUUUACAGACAAGUAAGAAACUACUUGUGUAGUUAUCAGUAGCCUUUCUACAAUGGUGCAGAUAAAUAUGAAGUUUACGAAUCUAUCAACACCCACCCUGUCUUUAUUAAUAACAAAGUUAGUGACCUCUGUCUCCGUCAUGUUCUUGAAAGGAUAUUUCAAAGUGAUCCAGAACUCAGAAUUUGCAUUGCUGAACUCCAGAUGCUCACACAUAACAAAUAAGCAUUCAAGAAGAAUAUGUUCAAAAUGAAAAUAACCAUUUUGGAUUAUUAUAUGUAUGACCAGAAAAAAUGGAAAAGAGCAAAAUAUAAGUGAUAAUCACUAUCCCUGCAUAUUAUCACUGCUUGAUAACAG